UUUUAACAUCCCGGCGGAACUACGAUUUUCGUAAUGCCCGGACAGGUGGGAGCGGCUGGUAAGGACGGUAGGAGGUUCUGAGAAGUCCGAUGUACUUCAGAAGGGCGUGCCAGCCACCAAUCGCUUAUCAGCAAAACAAAGAGCGUCCGCGCGGCGCGGCGUCACACUUCAAUUCGCCCCCCCCCGCGCUGACGCCUCGCCCUUGCCCCGCUGGUUCUAAUCCCGCCCUCGCGGCGUGUCGCGAUGAGAAAAGACCUACUUCACAUGAAAAAGCUGGCUUUGCGCGCGCGGCGGGGGGACGCAAGCCGCGCGGGGAGCCGACGCGGCCAUCACUGACCACGCGCCAGAGGCCCCUCGCGCGCCCGGCCUGUGAACCGCCCCCACACACGCCAAAACGCGAGAUUCGCCUCACCGUCUGAAACCGCAUGGGGCGACGACCCCCGGAUCUGCUUCAACAUCGCGGCCGACUUCGAAUCGGCCUUCGACUGCAUGGGCUGCUGCUUCCCCGACAUGUUCGGCACAAAGAAAGGGCUCCUCAUCGGCGCGUGCACGUCCUGCGGCCUCAAAGAUAACCCGGACGAGGUCCACUACAUCGACGACUGCCUGACGUGCGAAGAGGGCUUCGAAAUUAUACCCAUGUUCCCAGAUUGUACGGGGCUCUGCAUCAAAACGGGCCAGUCCGUGCGAACAUUCAUGGAGAUGGGCUUUGCCGAUCUGUCGACGUCGGCGUGCACGGCCUACCUCGACUGCUACGGGGGCGACGACCGCAAGGCUAUCAAGGUUCUCCCGACGGACGGCACGAACUCGUUCCCAUGGGGCGGGGGAGGGAGCUACUUUUACUGGAGUUACUCGUACUCGUACGAGUUUGAAAGCUACUCGUACGGUGACGACGACUUCUUCGACGACGACCUCUACGCCAACAUCGUUUGCGAUGGACAGACGCCAGAUAACUACUGUGAUUGCGGGUCCGGCCCUCUUGGCGACUGUGAGGCGAAUCCUUCUUUCUGCGCAUGCGAAGAGGCCCAGGCCCCGGAGUGCUGCGACGGAUCGGCGUACAGCUUCUCGUACGGCGAUGUUUGCGUCGAUGGCAUUAUCGAGGUGAUUUCUGGUGAUCAUGAUGGAGAAGGUGAGCGCUGCGUCCAGUGUGACGGACAAGCUCCGGGCGACUACUGUGCGACUCGGCGUCCUGAACUGACCCGUCGACGUCGCGAUCUGACUCUCCCUCGUUUUCCGCGGCGCAGGCGAUUGUCAGGUCGACUGCGAGGAGAGCGACAACUGCGACUGCGCGGAAGCGAAGGGGCCGACGUGCUGCGGCGAGGGCGGCCGCGACUGAGAUCUGCUACAGUGCCUGCCGAGCUACCGUACUACUCCGGAUUAAAGACAAUCUCCGUGA